GGGGCUUUGCGUGUGCGCGCCGUCACGUGACGCCGUGGCGGGCUCCUCCGAACCGGCAGCGGCGGCGGCUGCGACCACAACGGCCGGAGCUGCCCCGGCCCCGCGGAGUGGUGUGGUCCCUCCUAGUGGGGCUGGACUGAGUGCUCGGGGCCAUGGCCAUGCAGAUGCCAUUGGAAGCGAAUGCGGAUACUUCAGCAGAGGAAGAGAGCUUUGGGCCCCAGCAAAUCGCUCGGCUAGAGCAAUGUGGUAUAAAUGCAAACGAUGUGAAGAAAUUAGAAGAAGCUGGGUUUCACACAGUUGAGGCUGUUGCUUAUGCGCCGAAGAAGGAGCUACUAAAUAUCAAAGGCAUCAGUGAAGCCAAAGCUGACAAAAUCUUGGCUGAAGCAGCUAAACUGGUUCCCAUGGGUUUCACCACAGCAACAGAAUUCCACCAGCGAAGGUCAGAGAUCAUCCAGAUCACCACUGGAUCCAAAGAACUUGAUAAACUUCUUCAAGGAGGGAUAGAAACAGGAUCCAUCACGGAGCUAUUCGGCGAGUUUCGUACUGGGAAAACACAGCUGUGUCAUACCCUGGCAGUGACCUGUCAACUUCCCAUCGACCGGGGGGGCGGUGAAGGAAAAGCCAUGUACAUUGACACAGAGGGCACCUUCCGUCCUGAGCGGCUUCUCGCUGUGGCUGAAAGGUAUGGCUUGUCUGGCAGCGAUGUCCUGGAUAACGUGGCGUACGCUCGAGGCUUUAACACAGACCACCAGACCCAGCUGCUCUACCAGGCGUCUGCUAUGAUGGCUGAAUCACGAUACGCGCUGCUGAUAGUGGACAGUGCCACCGCCCUGUACCGCACCGACUACUCGGGCCGCGGGGAGCUCUCGGCCAGGCAGAUGCACCUCGCCCGGUUCCUGCGGAUGCUGCUGCGGCUCGCGGAUGAGUUUGGAGUGGCAGUUGUGAUCACUAACCAAGUGGUAGCACAAGUAGAUGGAGCUGCCAUGUUUGCUGCAGAUCCCAAAAAACCUAUUGGAGGGAAUAUCAUAGCACACGCUUCCACCACCAGGCUCUAUCUGCGGAAAGGCCGAGGUGAAACCAGGAUAUGCAAAAUCUACGACUCCCCUUGUCUUCCUGAGGCUGAAGCCAUGUUUGCUAUUAAUGCUGAUGGAGUGGGAGAUGCUAAAGACUGAAGGUCUCAUUUCCUUCCCCCUGUAACCCAUGGCCAGGUGUCUGUAAAAGGCUCCUUUCUUUGUGGCACCUUACAGAUGCUUUCCCUGUGCUGCUGCUGGGCAAAGGCUGGCAGAGGGACCUGUUGUACUUCAGCACAGGAGUCCACAGCAAGUACUCUCUGAGGCACAUCUGGAGGUGUUGCUUGGAGGAAUUCUACCCUCUUGGGCUUUUGUCUUGUGUUUAUUAAAGUGGUUUCCUGAGAACACAUUCAGAGGACCACAGCCCUUGUAUGUUCCUCAUGGCUGUUGCUCCAGCUGGAGCCUCCCAGAGGACAUAGCACAGUAAAGUCUAAGAGUACGUGGCCAUAGUUUAUGACUUGGUGAAUUUGAAGUAGCAUUGGUGGGUUUGUCAAAUGAGAAAAGUGGUGACUUAAAAUACUUUAUGGAUUGCUUUCCUUAUCAAAUAAAGCGGGAUGGUUUUCCACAGUAAGAAUGGGAGGCUCUUGCUGGGACUGGUGAUGAUCACAUCCCUACUCUUUGUUAAUUUUGUUCAGGAUGCUGCAACGUGCUGGGUUUGGGAGCUGUUCACUUAUGUUUCUAUUGUAUAUAUUUUUGUAUUUCAUUAAUUCUCUGUGGAAAUCUGCUUUUAAUAAAAAGGACCAUGAAACCAUU